CUCGUCCAGUCACCUCCUUCACUCUGCAGCCACAGCUCCUUCUCCUUCUCUCUUCACCUCCGUCAUUCCCUCGCUGUCUCUGCGGUUGGAGAAAGGAUGCUGCCCCGCAGACUCCUGGGUCUGCUGGGACUCCUCGUGCUCUGCAAAGGUGAGGAGGAGAGCGGGGAGGGGGAGUACUGCGAUAACUUCACAGACCUCAACCUGUCCCACUGCUUCAUGGGAACCAGCCUGUACGUGCGGCUGCUCCUCUACACCCGCUCCAACCUCGACUGCGGCCGCGAGCUCGACCACCGCCGCCCGUCCUCGCAGCCGCUCUUCGACCUCUCCCGCCCCACCGCCUUUGUCAUCCACGGCUACCGGCCCACCGGAGCGCCCCCCAUCUGGAUCGACCACAUAGUCCGGCUGCUGGCCGAGCAGGAGGACAUGAACGUCAUCGUGGUGGACUGGAACAAAGGGGCAGCAAACCUCAACUACUUCACCGCUGUGACCUACACGAGGGAGGCCGCCCACAACCUGACCGGGUUCAUCAUGACCAUGGAGGAGGAAGGAGCCGCUCUGAGCUCAGUUCACCUCAUCGGCGUCAGUCUGGGAGCUCACCUGGCGGGAUUUGUAGGUGCCAACCUGAAGGGGAAGAUUGGACGAAUCACAGGUCUGGACCCGGCGGGGCCGAUGUUCACCAGCGCCACCCCGGAGGAGAGGCUGGACCCCUCGGACGCCAUGUUUGUGGACGUACUUCACACCGACAUGAACUCGUUUGGACUGGGAGGAGUUCACGGUCACAUCGACUUCUACGCCAACGGUGGAGCCGACCAACCCGGGUGUCCCAAAACCAUCUUCGCAGGUAAAUCUUACUUUGUGUGUGACCACCAGCGCUCGGUGUUUCUGUACCUGUGCGCUCUGAACCGCACCUGCAGCCUCACGGGUUACCCCUGCUCGUCCUACGGAGACUUCAUGGACGCGAGGUGUCUGCAGUGCGAGGCCUUUAAACCCGCUUCCUGCCCCGUGCUCGGUUAUGACGUCAGCCAGUGGAGAGAGACUCUGCUGCGACGCGGACAGACCAAAGUGUUCUUCAGCACCACGGCCACGCUGCCCUACAGGAAGCUGAGCUACAGAGUGGACAUGGUCACCUGGAACCAGUACCUCCGCUGGGGGGUCGUCUUCAUCCGGCUGCACAGCGGCAGAACCUUCACCGAGGCUCGAAUCGACCAUAAGCUCUUCCGGUUGGAGCAGUACACCUCCACCCGCCUGCUGGCCCAGUUCGAUGAGGAUCUGCAGCACGUCCAGAAGAUCUCCCUGCGCAUCAGCACCGGCAACGUGAUCGGCCCUCGGUACAAAAUCAGACUGCUGCGGAUACGCUUCACACCUCUGGAGCGUCCUGAGAGGCCGUUAAUGUGCCGCUUUGACAUCAUCAUGGAGGAGAACAUGGAGGUGGCAUUUCGACCUUUGCCCUGCAACUCUGGCCCCUGA